CUCACGGGUCCUAGUGAUCCUGUGUUUUUACAGGAGGGAAACUUAGCUAUCCAGCAAGCUACAGCUACCAACUGUUUGGAGUUUGAUUCACAUUCCCUUAAAAACAGUUGCGCGUUGGCAGGAGAAAAUACGGUGAUUUUUUAAGUCUAAUUAAAGGUUCCAAUCCAUCAGUUGACGGAGCUGCAGAAGUCAUGUCUGGUAUAGCUUUGAGUCGCCUCGCUCAAGAGCGAAAGGCUUGGCGGAAAGAUCAUCCGUUUGGUUUUGUAGCUGUGCCAACCAAAAACCCUGAUGGAACGAUGAACCUGAUGAACUGGGAGUGUGCCAUUCCUGGAAAGAAAGGGACACCUUGGGAAGGCGGCUUGUUCAAACUGCGGAUGCUCUUUAAGGAUGAUUACCCGUCCUCGCCUCCAAAAUGUAAAUUUGAGCCGCCGCUGUUCCACCCCAACGUAUAUCCAUCUGGCACAGUGUGCCUAUCAAUUUUAGAGGAGGACAAAGACUGGAGGCCAGCUAUUACAAUCAAGCAGAUCUUGCUAGGAAUCCAAGAACUCCUAAACGAGCCAAAUAUUCAGGAUCCUGCACAAGCGGAGGCAUACACAAUUUACUGCCAAAACAGAGUGGAAUAUGAAAAAAGGGUCCGAGCACAAGCCAAAAAGUUUUCUCCAUAAGCCUCAAGAUGUUGCCGUGACGGAAAGAAUAUUCGAACAGCGUCCCUGCAGUACUUCUUAGCUGCUCCUCUCAUUACCCUUAUCCACUUUCCACUAAUUUCCAUGCAGGUGUGAUGAAAACUGAAUGUGCCAUUGUCAUGUCCAGUGACACCCACCUAACCGAGCGCUCUAUCGGCUCAUAAUUUGACUUCGUCUUUUGAAAAAAUAAAAAAAAUAUAUAAGCAAAUAAAUAAGUGGACGUCACCGUCGCCACCUAUUGAAGUGAAUCCGUGGCCCAGACACUCGUUCCAGGAAUCCUGGGGUGCCACAGCUCUACACGAUUCCCAUGUUUUCCCUCCUCCUGCACACUUGAAUCACACCCGGCUUGCUAAUUAGCUAAUGAGAUGAAAUCUAGUGUGUUUGAUCAAGGGAAAACAAAACUACAUUACUGUGGCUUUUCUCUUUCUGAGGCCUGUCUCAUGAAGCAUGUUAUACUGGUUAGCUAUUUGACUUUAAGCUUAGUUCAAUCUAACCCUGUGUGUUCUGCCUCGUAACGAUGGAGCAGGUUUUACUAGGCUAUGUUGUCAUGGUAACCGCACGUCUUAACCUAUACUGGGCCAGGCCGACAAGUUCAGGAUCACAGAUCGUAAACAGCUCUUCGACCACUCAUUUAUUCCCCGACUUACCAAAUCCAGCUUGUCCAAUACUCUCUGGAAAUGGCCUCAACAUUCUUUGAAAAUUUCACAGGUCUUAUGAGAGGUUCACUUUGUAGGUCAAGGUUCCUUUUCCUUUUGGUUUUCCCACUCUGGGCCCUAAGAUCAUUUGUUCAGAAUUAAGACUUUAGCUAUGUUAACUAACUAGCCAUUAAUUAACAGUUACUUUUCAGAUUAUGUUCUGAUUAUAUAUUCACAUUUCAGUCACUACAGCCCUGAGAGAACACGUGGCCAGUUUUGCGAAAAGAUAAAUCGAUUCAUGGCUUAAUAAAUGUUCAGGUGCUGCAUAUGCCACCUUGUUUUGUAUAUAGGCUCGACUGAAUUUUAGGCACAGAGAUAAUCGGGAUAUUACUGAGAUAUUAUAUUAUCCACUGAGCUUCAGUCAGACUGCUAAAAAUCAGUAUGCUCAGUUGCCUCCUCUGUUCUUCCUUUUUUCCAUGUGCGUGUGCAUCUGACCUACAUGCAGUUUGCAGAGUCUCGGUCUAUGCUCACAAGCACGAAUACCAGAUAUCCUGGUUCAGUCUGUGUGUUCCACAGAAAAAGUGGACUUGGGUAUUCACACGCACUGUGUUGGGCAACUUAAUUACAGGUGAUACACUAUAUGGCCAAAAGUAUGUGGACACCUGACCAUCACACCCAUAUGUGAUAGAUAUGAUACACCCAGAUAUGACAUUGUGAAUUAAUUAAUAGUAUGAAGAUACUUGUCAGAGAUGGUUUCUUCACUGGAGACACUAUAUGGUCUAAAGUAUGUGCACCCCUGACCAUCACACCUAUAUGUGGUUCUUCCCCAAACUUUUGGCACAAAGUUGGAAGCACACAAUUGUAUAGAAUAUCUUUGCAUGCAUGACAAUGCCCCUGUGCACAAAGCGAGCUCCAUGAAGACAUGGUGUGUGAAGGUUGGAGUGGAAGAACUCGAGUGUCCUGCACAGAGCCCUGACCUCAACCCCACUGAACACCUUUGGGAUGAACUGGAACACCGACUGAACCCCAGACCUCCUCACCAACAUCAGCACCUGACCUCACUAAUGCUCUUGUAGCUGAAUGAACACAAAUCCCCACAGCCACGCUCCAACAUCUAGUGGAAAGCUUCCCAGAAGAGUGGAGCUUAUUAUAACAGCAAAGGGGAAUAAAUCUAUAACAAUGACCAUGGUUUUGGAAAGGGAUGGUCAAUACUCGGGUGUCCAAAUACUUUUGGCCAUAUAGUGCACAUACACAUAACAUGUAUCAAAGGUUUGGUUGGAGUUGCUAGAGGCAGAGUCAAGGUGCGCGCACACACACGCACACACACACACCUUCCUGAACCCCCACCAUUAUUAGAUACGAUCAACUUCUCUUCCUGUGGACCAUCUCUUGUAGUGUUCGGGGGAACGGUCCUUUCUGUUUGCUGAAAAUUAUACAAAUGGUAAUUCAGACUAGCUAAUGAAUUAAAAGCCAUUUUCUUCCAGACCUCUUCCUUGGCAGUAGCAAUGGUAUUUAUUAAAUAUUGGUUUAUAAUCAUAUUUUCUUGUGGUCAGAUCUUGUUGUUCUGUAAAAUAUGGUGCCUGAGACCCUUCCAGGCUUCACACAAUUGACUGCUCACCACAAAUGCCUAUAAUCAUCGAUCAUGUGAAGUUGGAUCAACAGAACACACAGUGUGAGGCGAGUAAAUCGAAUUGCAUUCGUGACACAUUUAUAACACACACUGUAUAUUACAUAAUCUAAUAGGUUAGGAACCCAGUUAAUGGUAAACCUGCUUCAUGAGACAUUGCCCUGGUCAGAAGAUGAUGAGCACUUAGGGAUACAUGGUUUAUAUUUGCUACAGAGCUUCAUAUGUGCAAAUAAGAAGGCACUGAAUACGAUCCACAUGCAACAUAAUGAUUAAACCAGAAGGUAAUUUUGUUGUGCUUCUGUUUUUAUUUUUGUUCUUUCAAACUGGCCUCCUUUAUUCUCUUCAACGAUUUUAAUGAUGUAAGACACACUGUUACUUAAACGUCAGUAUUCCAACUGCUGUAAAAUGAUGCUUUUAUACUUUCAUGAUUUUUUUAAUUAGUGUGUCUAUAUUACUUUCCAUUCCUGGUGUGGGCAGUGUAGACAGCAUGUUGUAAUAUACAGUAUGAUAGAUUUUUUUGCUGCCUUGGCCAACUUAAAAAAAAAAAAAAAAGAAAAAAAAAGCCCACUGAGUAAAAAAAAAAACUGAAAGAUAUACAGUGAUCUGUGUUGGUGUUUUUGUUCUUGUAAGUGUUUAGAGUAAAUAAAAUGUUUAUACAUUGCCAAA